AUGUAUGGUGACUUACAGACUACCGAUGAAGAACUACUUGAGGAGAUAAUAGAGGGGCAACUUGGGCAUCAGAACUCUCAAAAUGAUGACGAAGAGGAGGAGCAGCCUGAGCAGCCUGCGCCUAUGGCAAAGGAGGCCCAGGAUGCCCUCCAGAUACUGAUUGAGUAUUCUGAAGGCCAGGAUGCUCUUACUACGGGGCAUAUACGGGCACUAGAGCAGCUGCAAACAGCCAUUGAGGCUAUUCGAGCACAGUCACAGCAGCAGGUUACGUUAGAUAGGUGGCUUACAUAA